AUGACAGUUGAUGCACAAAAAGUAAAGAAACAUGUAUUCAGAGAUGUAGAAUACAACUUGACAGAAAAGGAUGUAGCAUUAUAUGCAAUUAGUAUUGGAGCAGACAAGAGUAACUUGAAGUUUGUGUAUGAACAAAAUGAACAGUUUUGUGCUAUUCCUUCGAUGGGUGUCGUAUUUCCCUACGAUAUAUUGUUACAGACAUUGGAUGGUUUUGAAGGAUUAGAGUUUGAUCCUAUGAUGUUAUUGCACGGUGAACAGUACAUGGAGAUCUUGUCACCUAUCCCAACCCGUGCUAAAUUGGUUACACGUGCCAAAGUUAACAAUCUACUUGACAAGGGUAGCGGUGCAUUACUAGUGGUCGACGCAAUCACCAGUGACAAGGAAACUGGUAAAGAUAUCGUAUUCAAUCAAUUCUCAUUAUUUAUUCGUGGUAUGGGUGGUUUCGAUCAGAAUAGAUCAUCGACUGCAAAGACUGCUACUACUACUACUGUCGACUUAUCAACUCCACCAAAAAAAGAAUGUGAUGCAAAGUUUAAUUACAAGACAUCAACAGAUCAAGCAAUACUUUAUAGAUUGGCAGGAGGUGAUUUAAAUCCAUUGCAUGUUGAUCCAGAAAUGUCUAAAUUGGGUGGAUUCGAUGUACCCAUUCUUCACGGUCUCUGUACAUUUGGUAUUGCCUGUCGUAGUAUACUUGCUCAAUAUUGUGACAAUGAUCCAAGCCGUUUCAAGAGUAUGCGUGUUCGUUUCUCCAAACAUGUAUUCCCAGGUGAAACCAUUCAAACUCAAAUGUGGACCAUACCACAAGCACCCAACAAGGUCAUAUUCAAUUCACUUGUUCUUGAAAGACCUGGUGCCUAUCCAUUAACUGGUGGUAUUGCCGAAAUUAUUCCAUCAUCAAAAUCUAAAUUAUAA